AUGAGAGAAACGGUGGUACGAACAUUCAUUUUCGUUUGCUUUUUAUGUGCGACAUUGCUGUUAAUAACUGUGUUUUUGACCCCACUGGGUAACACCUUGCGCCAAACAAUUCCAAUCUCCCGACUGGCGUUAGGGAGACUAAGAAACAAGGAGCUGGAGUCAGCUGCAGAAAACAACACUCGCAACGUAACUCAGAAGCCCUUCGUGAUACUGGUUUACACAGAAUUCUUCGGUACUAAGGAGUGGCUAAAAAUCACUGAUGAUUGUUCCUCACCGGAAAUACCUAGAAACAGCUGCCGUAAGGACAUGUUUGAUUUGACGUACGAUAAAAAGCGAUAUGCUGAAAGCGAAUUUGUCAUAUUCCACGCCCGAGAUAUGCCUGGUGUGGAUCACCUGAAAACGAUAAUGAAAAAUAAGCCCUCGUCGCAGUUCUGGAUUUAUUUUUUACAAGAAAGUCCAAAUGCUACUCCUGAUACCCGACCUUUGAAUGGAAUGUUCGAUUUGACUAUGACGUAUAGAUCCGAUUCAGACUUUCGGUGGCCUUAUGGGUCUUAUAGGGAGAUCCCAUUUGAAAAGACUUCACAAUUAGAUUUCUCCGUCGGGAAGGACAAACUGGUUUCCUGGAUGGUUAGCAACUGUAACUCUCAUCUCAGAAACUCGUUUGUUCAUGAGCUUCAAAAGUACAUUGCAGUUGAUGUAUUUGGAUCGUGUUCGGGACAAUUUGGCAAAUCAAGGUCCUGUCCACAUGGAGAAACUUGCAGAAAUAUUAUUAAACAGUACAAGUUCUACCUUAGCUUUGAAAAUGCAUUAUGCGAGGACUAUAUCACUGAAAAGUACUGGGGCCGUAUAGGUAAGCAAGCUUAUUUACGAAAUAUAGGAAUUGAUGGUAGCCCUGUUUUUAGUUUAUUUAUAAAUAAAGUUACUGCUUAUGUAGGUCAGCAAGUUUUUGUUGUUGUUGUUGUUUGUUUAUUGGUGGGGGGGGGAGGGGUAAAGGAGGUGUAUUAUAGGCAAAAAAUAACAGAGAAGUGUCACCGCACCUCAUCCUGCCAACCCCCCUUUUUUAUAAACAAUAUUUAUUACAACAUUUGCUCUAAGAGCCUAAAGGGCUCAUCUAGAGAGCUCACGCUGUUUACAUUAAAUAUUUAAAAAAUACAAAUGCACGUCACGAUCGAACGCACACACUCUUAAAAAAGCGAAGAAUAAAAAGAAAAAACAAAAAUAAAUUUUUAAAAACACAGCAACUAACAGAGCGAUUUGAUAGCGAAAUAAACGACUGGACAAGGUGAAACAACCUACCAUUUAAGAGGCAAUCGAUUAAACAACGCCUUUCGUUUUCUCUUUGAAAUCGAUUGGACAUAGUACGUGUUACACAUAUUAGGCCGAGCGAGCUUCAGUGGUUGAGUCCGUCAGAAAAGAAGAACGUAAAAUGUCUGAAAAGGAAAAACAAAAGAUCGCUUGUAGCUUUUUCUUUUCACUUUCGCUUCUAACUGUAUAUGUUUAAGCUCGGCUCCGGUCUUGUUCGGGUGAAGGAGCGCGGGCUUAUUUUCCGAACACCGGCUGGUAAUCAAGCUUAGUACAUGUCAAGACCUGCAAGAAAAAUUCGGGGGCUUAAUUAACUAACCGAAAUGGAGCACCAAACUGCUUUUACAAACAACGAAGGGAUGGUAUCAACUAGGACGCAAAGUGGAAAUACUCAAGCACAUGACGUUAGAGGUCUUGCAACCAAAAAUCAAAACAAGUCUGAACUUCCAGCAUAUGAGUUAACAGUACUGGAUCACUCCAUAUUUUAGUAAUUUUGUUGUGGAGAAUAAGGGACGGGCCGGGGGAGGGGGGAGGGGUUAAAAGAGAGGGGUAGGCUUAAUAACUUUCUUCCCCUGAAAAGGGGGGGAGGGGCUUAUUUGAGAGGGGGCUUAAUAGAGGAUUUACGGUAAUCAUAAGUUUUAAGUCUCAAGGCCCUUAUUUGCGGUUUUAUCUUCAUUACAGGAGAUGAAAACGUCAUACCAGUAGUCUUAGGAGGCGCCAACUACAGCAAACUCGCCAUUCCAGGUUCAUAUAUCAACGUUAUGGACUUCAAAACGGUGAAAGACCUUGCCGACUACCUCCACUACCUUGACAAGAACAAUACCGCCUACAAUGAAUAUUUCAGUUGGAGACAAAAAUAUGGAGUAGGCAGAGAGGGGUGGUCCUUUCUUUGCAUGUUCUGUGAAACUCUUAGAACCGAUUUCAAACAAAGAGGCCGAUAUAAAGACCUGACAGGCUACUGGGUUGGUAAAGGAAGAUGUAAUGAAAAGGACGAGCGUGUUAGAAGAAUGUGGAGUUGA